CGUUAUAUAUAUAAACCUAUUUGUUUGCACUCCCAUGCAUUCCCUUGAGAUCAUAAGGGCACGAUGGCUUCACGAAGAGUUGUCCAAACCCUAGUCCUGGGUAUAUUACUUCUGGAUGUCUGUUUUGGCUACCCAGUCCAAGAAGAUGGCCCGACUGUUCAGACGCAGUUCGGCGCUGUCCAAGGCAUGUCCGUGGAGGAAGGAGGGAUCUUUCUCGGUCUCCCCUUCGCGGUUCCCCCCGUAGGCCAACUCCGCUGGAAGCCCCCUCAACCAUACACCGCGUCCUGGGCGCCCUCAGUCCGCGACGGUACCCAACCGGGGCCCGCCUGUCGCCAGCCAGGAUGCGGCCCUACCUCCAGCGACGUCCAACACACCUGCAAUCGGGAUGCGAACAGAACGCAGAGCGAAGACUGCCUGUAUCUCAACGUCUUCGUGCCUGACGGUGUUCUGAACUCCACCGCGAAACCGCUGCCUGUCUUGCUGUGGAUUCACGGUGGGAACUACCGCGUUGGUACCGGCUCUGCCAUGGUGUACGACGGACGAUUUCUCGCUGACAAAACCCAGACUGUCGUCGUCACUAUCAACUACAGACUAGGGGCGUUCGGCUUCCUGGUGACUGGAGAAGGAGAAGACGACGCAAAAGGCAAUGCUGGGCUGUUGGACCAGGUAGAGGCGUUGAAAUGGGUGCAGAAGAACAUCGGUAGCUUUGGAGGCGAUAAGGACAAGGUCACUAUAUUCGGCCAGAGCGCGGGGUCAGAUUCGGUCGCCACACACCUGACCUCCAACAGAACAGCGGACCUGUUCGCACGGGCCAUCAUGAUGAGCGUGCCGUUCUCCAUUCCCCACAAAACCCGCAAGGAGGCGCUUCGACUCGGGAAGUACUUUGCCGAACAACUGAACUGUUCGCUCACGGACAUGACUUGUCUCCGGUCCAAGAAACCAGACGAUGUAGUUGACGCUCAAGAAAAGGCUUUUACUCACAUUAUCAACCCGCUGAAACCCAUAGAGAGCUUCAUGCAAUGGGGGCCUUCUGUAGAUUUCGACGUGGUGCCCGCUCCAACGGUGGAUAGCUUCGUGGAAGGACGAUUCCAGAAGAAGCCGUUUAUCAUAGGAACUACGUGGGAAGAAAACAUAUUCUACGUCUACCAGGCUUACACUCAGAACAUCACCAGCAAACUCAAACUCGACGAAAUCGUCGCGACCUUUGUCCAAGAGAAGGCCAUACCGAUUCUAGCGACGUACAAGCCCCAAACGUCCCCAGACUAUCGCGUGAUUCUAUCUGAGAUCGCAACGGACUGGAUCUUUACGUGUCCGACCCGUAAAGUUGCACGGAGCGCUGCUGGAAAGUACGUUACAGACGUUUGGCUUUAUCUAUUCGACCACGCCUGGUCCUUUAAACAUCUGUGGGACGAGUUUAAGUUUUGUAACGGCCACGUGUGUCAUGGUGGGGACAUUCCGUUUGUAUUUCAAACACCCCCUCUGGCAAAUCUAACCUUCACCCCCGACGAACAACGCAUGGCGGACACCAUAGUGUUCCACUACGGCAACUUCGCACACACGGGUGACCCAAACACACCACCCGAUCUCGACAACAACAACAACAUCAACUCUACAAACAACAACCGACCGAAGGUCCUCAACUGGCCGAAGUACGGUGCAAACGGACAUUUCUACAGACUGAACGUCACGACUCCUGAAAAUAACUUGCUGGAAAACUUCAAGCGUGAGAAGUGUGACGAAAUGGACAAACUCAAUGUGUACCAUUAG